AUGCAUCUGGCCCUGCGACGAGCACAAUCGGCCCCAACCGCUCGGCAUGCCGUCCGUGCCUUUGCCUGCGCCAGCUGCUCGCAACCCAAGUCCAGACAAUUCUCCGUCUUGAAUCGACCACCGCCCAAUUACCCCGGCCAUGUUCCUCUCACGAAGCUCGAGCGACUCGCCAUGGCAGUCGGAUCCAGUGCCAUGGCACUAAUCAAUCCCUACCGCGCCGACCUCAUUGCGCAAGUGGGCGAAUCCACGGCAACACCGUACUUCAUCUACCGCCUGCGCGACGCCAUGCUCGCCGACCCAACGGGCCGCCGCAUCCUCCGUCUCCGGCCCCGAAUCACAUCCAAAACCCUGUCCAUGUCCCAUCUUCGCUCCCUUCCCGAAAACACCGUCGGCCGCGCAUACGUGGGCUGGCUGGACCGCGAGGGCGUGUCGCCCGACACGCGCUCCGAAACCCGCUACAUCGACGACCCCGAGUGCGCAUACGUCAUGCAGCGCUACCGCGAGUGCCACGACUUCUACCACUCCAUCACGGGGCUGCCCAUCGUCCGCGAGGGCGAGGUCGCCCUCAAGGCCUUCGAGUGGGCCAACACGCUGCUGCCCAUGCCGGGCCUGAGCAUCCUGGCCGCCGCCACCAUGAAGCCGCGCGAGAGGCAGCGCUUCCGGGCCACCUACCUGCCCUGGGCGCUCCGCAACGGCUCCCGAAGCAAGGAGCUCAUCAACGUGUUCUGGGAGGAGCAGCUGGACCGGGACGUCGCCGACCUGAGGCGGGAGCUGGGCAUCGAGCAGCCCCCCGAUCUGCGGGCCAUACGCAAGGCAGAGAGGCAGUACAAGAAGAGACUGAGCGGACUCGAGCAGAUGAGCACGGGCGCAUGA